ACAGUCAUCACAGUAUGAGGAGUGCAGAGAACAAGUAACGUCAGAGAUGAAGACACCUCCGGACCGAUCAGGCAUCACAUUUGAAGUCGGAGCCAAGCUAGAAGCUCGAGACCGCCACAAGAACUGGUACACGGCCACCAUUGAGAAGAUUGAUUAUGACAAAGAGCGGGUCCUGAUCCACUACCUGCAGUGGAGCCGUCGCCAUGACGAGUGGUUUCAGUGGAACUCACCGUACCUGCGGCCGAAGGAGCGGGUCAGCCUGAGGAGGCAGGGCCUGAAUCCAACGCGAUCACAACCGACGUUUGUUUCAGGCUCAAAGGUUCUGGCCUGUUGGACCGACUGUCGUUUCUACCCGGCCAAAAUCCUCCGCGUCAACAAGGACGACUCCUACACAGUGCGAUUCUAUGAUGGCGUGGUUCGGACUGUGAAGCCCACCAAAGUCAAACCUUUCCAGGAAAAAUCCAGAUCUGAGAAAAGUGCUGUGGGAAGCGAGGGAUGGGAGGAGGGUGAGAGUGAGGAGGAGGAAGGAGGAGAAGGACAGGAGGAAGAGGAGGAGGAGGAGGAGAAAAAGGAGGAAGAGGAGACAGAUGAGAAGGUGACAACAGAAGAGACCGAUGCAGCUGAGGAGAGGGAGGAGGACAGGAAGAGGAAGGCAGAACCUUCAUCCUCAAAUCCACCCGCCAAGAAGAAAACAGAUGACAGCAGAAGCAGUGGAACUCAGAAUCAGCCAAUCACAGCUGACUCCACCCCCCCAGCAGCAGCAGCACUUAACCCUGCCCACAUAGACAGAGAUGUCCUGCUGGAGCGUCAGGCUCACCUUCCCACCACACACAAGUUCAGCAGAGAACCAUUGUACAGGGUGAUAAAGAACCAGCCUCCACCCAUCCUCUCCAUUGAGCUGGACCACAACCCCUUCAAGUGCCCUGCUCCUGGGUGCACUAAGUCAUUCAGGAAGGCGAGCCUGCUGCAUUACCACAUCAAGUACUACCACUCCGACCAGCAGCUGGAGGAGCAAAGCAGCGCGGAGGAGGCCGUGAGGAGGAAGCGAUCUUUUUCAGAGGGCGGCGACUUGGUGUCAGACAGGAGGAGUGAGAACUCGACCAGCAGAGAGCAUAGCAUCGUGGGAACAGUAGAAGCCAAGAAGGACGGGGGGAAGGAGAAAACGGGAGGACUGGAUAAGAAGGAGAGGAAGAACUUCCUGCGAAUCAAACUGAAGAAGAAGAAAAAGAAGAAGAAGAAGAAGAAAAGUCAGACGGGUUUCUGCAGCAGCGACGAUGAGAGCUCAGACAGACCUCCGAUCACUCUGAAGCUCUCAACUGAACAUCACAACACACACAUGCAAGCCGACGAUGGCAGCGAUUGGUCAACGCUGACAGCAGAGAGCGGAGAGGACACGCCCUCCUGGCCUGUUGGCACGGAGACGGAGGAGUGUGAGGUGGUGAGGUGUGUGUGCGAGGUGGACGAGGAGAAUGACUUCAUGAUCCAGUGCGAGUCGUGUCUGUGCUGGCAGCACGGGACCUGUAUGGGUUUAUACGAGGACAACGUCCCACACAACUACAUCUGCUACUACUGCAGACAGACCGCAGGUUGGCGGUGUGCUCAGCGCUUCCGGUCUGAGCCCGACUUGUUGAAAUCCGGUCACAUGUUUGGCCUGUCGUGCGUGAAGGAGAACUACUCCGAGGUCAACGCCUCCAAGAUCUCACACACCAGCCGCCUGCUGGCGCACACGUACGGCAUCAGCCAGGUCCUCAGCGCCCUGCAACUCAAAAUCAGCCUGCUGCGCUCGCCGUCCCACCCCGACCAGCAGCUGUGGAGGUCACCGUGGAAGCAGGAGGAGAGGCACAGACUGACGUCCAGCCCGAGAGGAGAGCCGCCCGUCUGCUACGUCAGCAGCGAGCACUGCUAUCAGAAGCCUGGAGCAUCAUGGGAAAAAGGAGAGGAGCAGGAGAAAGAUAGGCCGAUAGUGACGGUGAAGCAAGAGCACAGCGGCGAGGAGAAGGAAAUAAAACCUGAAGAUGUCAACAGGAACGCAGCUCAUAUCGCCGCAGACGGAGACACCACCGCACUCACAGAUGUGCACAACAUAAAAAUAGAGAAUCAUGCAGGCGGCGGCGAGCAGGCGCACACUCGGACGUGCACAGCGGAGCCUCGCGCGGCGUCGGUGGCCGAGUGUCAGCUGAACCUGCUGGAGCACAUCGAGUCCCUGCACCAGCAGAUCAGCGCCAGGAUGGACGUGAUCGAGAGAGAGCUGGACGUUCUAGAGUCCUGGUUGGACCACUCCGACGAGCUCGAGCCUCCUGACCCUCUGUCCCGCCUCCCGCAGCUCAAACAGCGAAUCAAACGGCUGCUGUGUGACCUGUGCAUCGUGAGGCGCCUGUCGGUCUGCCGCUGACCGCCCUCCCUCUGAACUCUGAUGAGACAAAGAGCGUGAAACUCUGAGUUGACUGUGGUUUGUUUCCCUGCAGUUACAGGACAGCGCCCCCCUGUGGUGGAGAAAAGGUGCUCUGCAACAUGGCGAGAUGGUGGUUUUUUUUUUUGUUUUUUUUAAUACAACGCGACUGCUGAUUUACGUUCCUGAGACGCCUCCAGCAGGACUUGAGAGUCCGUGUGAGCACCAGGCGAGGACGAGUUAGGUCAUUGAUCAGCUGUCAUCCGUGUCAUUGGGACGGGAUGAUGUUUGUCUCUUUGGAGGCUGAACGGACACGUCGUCUGCCAUCAGCUCGUUGUUUUUCUGUCAGCCAGCAUCGAAGUGUAACAACGCACACAAAGGAUUUGGAUAUCGUAUAUUUUCUAAUUGUGCUAAUAUUGCCAGUACUAAUAAUUGUUUGUUUUAAAGACUCUUGGAGGGUUUUACAGUCUGGUGAGACCAGGAGGUUCUUAAGGGUUGACCGCUAACUGCCAGUUGAGCUAGUGCUAGUUAGUCGCAGCAGCUCUCAGAGCUCCUCUCUCUCUCUCUUUUUUUUUGUUUCAUCAUUUCAUUCACCAAUGAGGAGAGGAAGAAUGCUACAAGCUGACUUAAAGGCAAGCUGUAUUAUUUUUAAAUCAUUGGUUCCUUUUUUUUUUUAAUGUUAGGAAUCAGUGCGAUGUGGAGCAACAACGCCUGCAACAACAAAACAGCUUCAGUGUUCCUCAGGAAGGAUACCCUUCAAAAAGCAGCUUAUUUUCCUACCCACACAUAUUUAAUCUGACUAAUUUACUGCAGGACAUAUCUCUUACUUUUAUUUUGAAAGUCACUGCUUCAUUGUUGUAUCCACCCUCUGUGUGGUUCCUGAUGACUGAUGUCAUCACCGCUGGGGUAGGGCAGCACCACAGGUUAAUUAAUCAUUGAUCAAUAAUCAUUAUGCCCAGUGUGAGGCCAAACACCUUUAGUUUAUUUGUCACUUCCAGCAUGAAGAGACGUUUACACAUUUGUGUAAAGUCACGACUGAUUAUGACGACUCGUGAGCAUCUGUGGGACUGUGCAGCACUUUCAGGUUUCAGCGUUUUUGCUCAACAUUGGACUGAUUCCAAGCUUUUUUGUCUUCUGUAAUAAUUUAAACCCAGAAUGGAGCAGCGGGCUUUGUACCAGACUAUUGUGUGAACGUGCCACACUGUGAACAGUGAGGCAUGUUUAGGCUGGUGUUAUACAAAUCUUGAAUAUGGUUCAGUUUUCAUGUACGUAAAGCUCUGAACCAGUCAACAAAGAUGCAGGAGGUCGUCACUGUGCAGACUGCAGCAACAACCAGGCAAAACCUACUGGGGACUCAAAGUGGUGAGCGAUGGCCUUGAUCUGGCCCACGGGCCAUGGUUUGUUCCUGGUCUUUGACUGAAGGAAUGAUGUCACAGAUACAUGCAGCUGAAAGUUUCCCUUCAAAGAACGUGUGGGCUCAGCCGUAGAGUGGACGAGGGGCUGUGGCGUCCCCGAGGGAGCUCAGAGUAGUCGCUGCACCUCCACGUCUAAAGGAGCCCGGUCAUGAAAAUGUUGCAGAGGCAGUCCAUGCCUGGAAUACCUACUUAGCCCACUGCCACCAGCAGACGGGCAGAAGGAAGAUGGAAAAAUCAGCCGCAGGUUAACAGAUACUGAGGUUUUCCUUUCACGAGCUGUUUCAGUUGCUAAUUUGAAGUUGAUGCAGUCAGUUUAACCCUUUCAGACAACUAAAAAUUCUGCUCCUGCAUGUUUGACUCAUUCAGAAUCAAACAAUAUAUCUUUUAAAAGCACAAAAACUCGACACCAAAUGGUGUGAACCACUUAUAAAGACCACAGAAACAGUAGCUCUUUGUAAUAAUCUGUCGUUUCUCACCUCUUUCCGUUCAUCUCUGCUGCGCGCUGUUUGCACUGCAAGAGUCCAACAAACUAAAUGCUUCCAGAUUUUCAGUGUCUUCAGUGGAAAAACAGGGUUUAAAGACACGCAUGUUUAAAUGGAUGUAAACAGCUAACUGCAGAGCCGAUCACAUUCAGUUCUGUUAGAAAAUCCAUUAUUUGGGGAAAUUCUGGGAAUCAUUUUGCAGGAGGAAUUCAUUCAUUCAUGGUAUAAUUCACUGCUUGAUCGAGCUGUGAGAGGUCACCCAGAUGAGGUUGUGGUGACAGACUGUCAUUAUGAGUGUCAGCUUUGGCGUCCUGUUGGUCUUUCUCUGUUAAAAGCCUCAUUGAGGGAACAGUUUUCUUCCCCUCCUCCUGUCCUCAUCUAUCUGCUUUUCUGCAUUUGUUUGUUUGUUCAAAUACACAAUAUCUUGGGUUGUGAACAGCAUGAUAUGUUUUUUUUUUUUAUUCUGGACUCUACAGUGGUAGCUUUGCUUAAUUCACAGUUAAUAAUUUAUCUGCUCUGUUUGAAACUGUUUUAGCUCGUCUGCUUUUAAGGCUACUCUUUCCUAAUUGGUUGCUCCUCUUAAAUAGAAGAUUUGGACAGCAGAUGGGUGGGGCUUAUGUGCCUGAGAUGACCAUAUUAGUAAUAUCCUCUUUCUGUGACAUCAUACAGAUCCAGGGAUAGAAAAAAAGCUGCCUGAUAUGUGAGCUUUGGCUCACAGCGAAUUGUUCUUCAUGUUAAACAUGAACUUCCACUGCUGGAACUAGAAAUAAGGAAAAGCAGAGUAUGUCCCCGGCUUUUUAUUUUUUAACAGCUGGCUCAUAAUAAGUUUUAUAUGUAUGAGUUCUGAACCAGACUGUCCUGCACAGAAUCAUAUUCAGAUGGAGAAAACUGCUGGUGCUUUUUGCCGUUGUCGGUGCAGUCUGCCAUUAAAGCAAACAGCCUACUGUUAGAUUAAGAAACCCCAGCAGCUUAAAAUGUACAUAUGUCUGAAUGAAGUUUUAUAUUCUUGAACAAGAAGCUAACUGUAUAUAGCUGUAGAUUUUAUUUUGAUAGAAUGGCUGGCUUGAAAGUGGAACUUUCCAGGAAAACAGUUGUUCAUGUUAUUUUCAGUUUUUCCUUCAGCGUCUCGUUACACUCUGAAACACUUACCUGGUUAACGCUGAUGUCUCUUUAAUCCAACCUGUUGCUUCUCUUCAGUUUUUUAAAGUUUUAUUACCACGCUGGCUAAAGAUGCUCUGUGUUACGUAUUGCAGCCCGCAGGGGCGUGUGACUCAACAGACCACAUGAACUGUAUAUAAAAGAUGGACACAUAACAUAAAGUCACCAGAACAGCGCUUCCUGAGAUUGGCAAUAUCGGGAAGUCUCAUAGACAUUUCAUCCAAUCAGACAGCUUUUCACAGCCACAGUCGCCGCCCUCUGCUGGUCAUCAGAAAGCAGGUUUAAGGCGUUUACGUCUUUCUUUCAUAUACAGUCCCAAGUUUUCAUUUUUAUAUUCAUACUCUUGUUUAAAGCACGAGGAAAUGUGUUUUUCUGAGGAGUUGUAGCUUUGAAUAAAGGUAUAAAAUCCCA